ACCUCAAAAUAACCUCCUUAUUAUUACCUCCCUCAUUCUCACAUCUUGUUAACAUUUUUUCUUGUCAUCUUCAAUAUUCAAGAAUUUUCUUUGUUUCAAAUGGCUUUAAUGCUAGAUAAUUGUGAAGGCAUAUUACUUUCAUUAGACUCACAUAAAUCAGUUCCAGCUCCAUUUUUAACAAAAACAUAUCAACUUGUUGAUGACCCUUCUACUGACCAUAUUGUUUCUUGGGGUGAAGAUGAUUCUACUUUUGUUGUUUGGCGUCCACCUGAAUUUGCUCGUGAUUUACUCCCUAAUUACUUCAAACACAACAAUUUCUCCAGCUUCGUACGUCAACUCAAUACUUAUGGUUUCAGAAAAAUCGUACCGGAUCGAUGGGAGUUCGCUAAUGAGUUUUUCAAGAGAGGCGAAAAGCAUUUAUUAUGCGAAAUCCAUCGGAGAAAAACAGCUCAGCCAGUACAAAGUAUGUCAGUGAAUCAUCCCCAUUCAUAUCAUACGGGUUCGGGUUUUUUCCCAAAUUACCCGAGUAAUUAUAACCCGCGGCUGAGUGUUUCUCCACCUGAUUCGGAUGAUCAAUUAUAUCAACAACAAAAUAUCAAUUGGUGUGAUUCGCCUUGUUCCAACAACAAUAAUGCGAGCAACAACAACACCAAUACAGUAACGGCGUUGUCGGAGGACAACGACCGGUUACGUAGAAGCAACAAUAUGUUAAUGUCGGAACUUGCACACAUGAGGAAACUUUAUAACGACAUUAUUUAUUUCGUUCAAAAUCAUGUCAAACCUGUUACACCUAGCAGUUCGUACAAUACUUGUUCACUAUUACCUGCUUCAGCUACACCUAUAGUCCAGAAGAAUAUGAAUAUUCAUCAUCAUCAGUUUGGGUAUCAACAAAUUACAAACCCUAAAAAUAUUGUUAUAUCAAACAUUAACACCAACAACAUCGUAUCACCAAGCAAGACAUCACAAAGCAGUAGCGUGACGAUACUUGAUGAAGGUAAUGGUGGUGAUAAUACAAGUACAAAAUUAUUUGGUGUUCCUCUUAUGUCCAAGAAAAGAGUGCAUCCUGAAUAUUCAUCUUCAUAUUAUUCGACUACGAAUAUGGUGGAGAAAAAUAAGGCAAGAUUAAUGGUAUUGGAAAAAAAUGAUCUAGGGUUAAAUCUCAUGCCUCCUUCUUCAUCUUAGACUUUAUUUUUUUACUAUUAUUAUUCACCCACACUACCUUAUUAAAGUUCAAGUUUUUGUUUCAUUAGUGGAUCA